AUGUCAGCUUCAGCUGAAGGAGUAAUAUUGCAGAACCUCAAAAGAAUCUUGAGUGACCCGAAUAAUGCAGAGCUACUAUCUUCAAUGGAAGAUCUCAACACUUUGAAGGAAUCAGUUGGUAUUGUUAAGGGUGCAGUGGCAGCACUACUCGAAGAGGGUGGUCAUUUGAAUGGCAGUAGUCUCGGGAAUCUGGGGGCUCUGCUGCAUCAAGCUGAUGACCUCCUAGAUGAAAUCAUCGCUCGCUAUCAUGCUGGAAGGCUUUCUGGAGUUGCUGCUGCGCCUGCAUAUCAGCAGGAUGGGAAUCUGAGGGUAAACCUAGGACGUGCCUUGCAGAGAGCGGUCAGUGCCAGUAACAGAGUUACAGAAAAGGUCGGUCUUCACAUUCAUCCUAUUUUCCCUUCAACAAUAAUUAGGCAAAUAAGUAAGCUAAGCCAAGACUUAGGUGAGCUAGGGAAGCAAUUGGAUAACAAGCAUGGUUCAAUUGAUCUUCCUGAAAGCUCGAUAGAUCCUCAGCCUUACACUCUCUCUAGAAAUAAAGUUAUUGGGAGGGACCGUAGAAAAUUGAAAAUCAUAAACAGGCUAUUGACACACAGAGAAAAUGAAACCAGUGUUUCAGUCAUUCCUAUAAUUGGAUCACCAGGAGUAGGGAAGUCAGCUUUGGCUCAGUUAGUGUAUGAAGACGAAAGGGUACAGAAUCAUUUUGACAUAAGAAUGUGGAUUCAAGUCUCGCAGAUUUCUGAUGAGAAAGAAAUCAUUCGGGAAAUUGUGGAGUCUUGUACGAAUAGGAGGGCUAGUUAUAGACAAAGUCCUAAAGCUGCAAAAUCUCUGCAUUCCCGUGUUCAUCAAAAUCAGCAUGGGUCGUUGACAUUUCGUGAUAUAUUGAGAUGUCAAAGUAUUAAUACUUUUGAUCCCAAUAAUAAAGAUAGUAAAGAUGUAAGUAACAUCUAUGAACGUAGACUUCGAAAAGAGGUUGAAGGGAAACUCUAUUUACUUGUCCUAGACGGUGCUUGUAUAACACAAGGGCAACGUUUGAAAGACUUGUUAGCAGCAGGUGCAACAGGAAGUCGAAUUUUAUUGACAACACGCCACUUUGAGGGGGGAUUUUUUGCAAAAAGUGAGAUUGUGAAGUCCUGCAAAUUAAAGGGCCUGUCAAAGCGUAUUUCUAGGGAUUUGUUCAAAACAUUUGCAUUUGGAUCACGAGAGGAUGAACGAUAUGCUGCAUUGGUGGAGACAGGGCAUGAAAUCGCUGACAAUUGUGGAGGUGUUCCACUUAUUCUGAAGGUUGCAGCAAGCUUUCUUUACAACAAAGAUGCAGCGCAGUGGUCAUCUUUCAAUGAAGAAUUGAGGUCUGAUGCAAGACAUGAAAAGGACAAAAUGAUACAUGUCUUACAUGUCAGCUACAAUGACCUCCCAACUCGGCUAAAAGCUUGCUUAAACUACUGUUCCUUAUUUCCUGAGGAUUUUAGGUUCAACAAGCAUGAUCUGAUUAGUCUUUGGAUAGCACAAGGAUUCAUUCACCCACCCGAGCAGGGUAACAGUUUGGAGGAAGCCGCAGAGCAGUACUUUAUGGAAUUGUCACGGCGCUGCUUCUUUGAGGAUGUAAUCACUGACCGCUUGGGGAAAAUUGUCACUUGUAAGAUGCAUCACAUUAUGCGCAGCAUAGCAUGUCAAUAUUCAGCAGGGAUCAUGAACUUGCACAUGACAGAUACAGGGGUUAAUCUGGAUUCGACAUGCAAACAUGUUUCUUUGACAUGUGAUCAAGAAUCGUUGAGGAAUCUCUCAUCCUCCGUCCUCCAAGCUCAGACUUUACGAACACUCCUCUUAGUCAAGGAACCAGAUUGUGACACAAAGAUAGAUUCGUUGGACUGCAAUAUGUUGAUCUCCAGUUUUAAACGACUCAGAGUGUUGGACUUGCAUGAUCUUGGAAUAGAAAAAUUGCCCAUUUCCAUAGGCAAACUGAUCCAUUUGAGAUACCUGGAUCUCUCUAGGAAUGAUGGUCUGGUUACUCUCCCGAAGUCAGUCACAGAACUGUACAACUUGCAAACAUUGAAACUCAACUCCUGCACAAAACUAAGAAGAUUACCUAGUAACUUUGGUCAAUUAACAAACCUGACAAGAUUUGAGGUUGAUGAGUGUGAUAGCUUGACAGGAAUGCCUCUGGGAUUGGAGAAACUAAUUCAGCUCGAGACAAUGACUAGAUUUGUAGUUGGUCAGGAAUUUUCCAAAGAAGUGGUUAGCAGUGGACUGAAAGCUCUAGAAAAACUAAACAACUUGAGAGGAAGGCUGGCAAUUGAAUUUACAAAAGGAUGGAAAACCACCAUACCUGAAGCAAAAGAGGCAAUGUUGGUAAAUAAAAUCCAUCUAGAUGAAUUAAAGAUCAGCUGGGAAAAAACGGCCUUGAACCGUAAAGAUAACUCACACCUCCUUUCUGAUCAAGAGAAAUCAUCUUACGAGGUUCUUCUUGACAAUCUUCAACCAUUCAAAGAUCUCAAAAUCCUUUGUAUAGAAGGGUAUAAAGGACAAGACUUCCCAAACUGGAUAGGGGUGGAGAGAUUGGCUUCUUCUCUCCCGAAAUUAGAAGACAUCAGCAUUGAAGGAUGUGACAAAUGCGAGCAUCUCCCACCAUUUGGAAAACUUAAACAUCUCAAACGACUCACCCUAAGACACAUGGCUAAUGUGCAAUAUGUGCAGACAAAAUUUGCUCCCGCAUCUCCAUUCUUCCAAGAGCUGGAAGAGCUUACCCUCCACAACUUCUACAAGCUAGAAGGAUGGUGGGAAGAAGAAAUGUCGGUUACACCUGAGAACAGAAUUCCAUCAUUCCCUAAUCUUUCCAAAUUAAGGAUAUGGAACUGCCCAAAACUGCGAUCAAUGCCUUUGUUCUCAGGAGUUUCAGAACUAGACUUGCGCAACGUCAAUCAGAUGCUUCUAGAACAAAGUUCAAAAAAUUUUCCUACUGACAUUGAUUCCAACGUCAAAUGCCUGCAAAUUAAGGGUUGCUCAACCCUCAGGAGCUUCACGACAGUCAGAAAGGGGCUAGGAGGUCGCCUUCCUUCCUUACGACAGCUUGUGAUUGAAAAGUGCCAUGCACUUAGUUCAUUGGCCUCAGAAUUGCCGAACCUCAACUCCCUAGAGAAGCUGGAAAUUUCCAACUGCAAAGAGCUCGAUCUCUCUGAUUACGAAAGCAAUGAUAUGGAAAACGGCAAUCCAUGGAAGUCUUUGGAACAUCUUCACCAUUUGACUCUUCGAGAAAUUCCAAAGAUGAAGUCUCUCCCUGAGAAUCUGAAGCACGUCAGUACUCUGAAAUCCUUAUGGAUAUCAGCAUGCACUUCCCUGACAGAAUUGCCACAAUGGAUAAGUAACCUGACAGCGCUCCAGCACCUACGGAUUGAGAGCUGCGAGGCUGUAACAAGGCUGCCAGAUGGACUCAAGGAAGUCACAUCCCUGAAGAAAGUUGAGAUUACAGAGUGUUCUGCAUUAAUGGAAUGUUGCAGAGAGUACACAGGGGAAGACUGGCACAAGAUCAAACAUGCUCGGGUUUUGCUCCACAAGUCGUGGCGUUAUGGACAUAUGCCAGAGCUAGGAGCUUCACAGAACAGAUCUAAUGUUCAAGCACUCACAGACGUUAAGUACAUCAUCAUUCCCAUAAUAGCUGCAGGUAGCUAA